CUGUCUGAUUUCUAUACCGUAUCCAAGACUAAACUUCUUGAAAACAAUACCCUUUGCAGCGGCACAUACCCAUAUGGCUUAUAUAGGGGAGUAUCCCCUCCUCUGCGGCCAUUACCUGUACACUUGAAUGGUGAAAGGCACAGUGCGGGUUUUAGUAUCUGGUUUAUGAUUAGUGAUCCUGGGCAGGGCUCAAACCAUAUUUUCAAGAAAAGUUUGAUGCAGUAAACAGGAAUUUCUAGAGGGAUGGUAUGGAGAGCGUUAGACCAAAAAGCCUUCUAGGGACGGGUAUGGACAUUUCCUGGAACACUCUACUGAACUAUUUGAACUGCAGAUUAAGUGACAGUGAAUAAAUAAAGUGGAACCCUGUUAAUCUGGUCACCAACAGGCCAUAAAAAUGUGACCUUAUUAACAGUUGGCCGUAUUAAACAGCUUCUUUAAAUAAGAAAAUGACUGACUGAGCUUUUGUUAAGCCCAGAAUAAAGUGGCCAUAAAGACAAGGUGGAUAUAUUAACGUGUUGUCCAUAAGGCAGGGUUCCACAGUCUGUCACUGUAUUUAUUAUGGAUUUUUGCAUUCUUUUUAGUGUAAGCAAAUAUGGAAAGCGUAUCUUUAUUGAUGUUCUGGAGAUGAAGGAAAGUGAUGUGGUUGUCCACUCCAAGGAUCAAGACAUUCAAGAUUGGUCCAAUAUCGCUUUACAGAUCAAAGAAUACUAUGAGAAUUAUCAUGGCUUUGUUAUUCUUCACGGCACAGAUACUAUGGCUUAUCUUGCAUCUGCACUGUCCUUUAUGUUUGAGAACCUUGGGAAAUCAGUUAUCUUUACCGGUUCACAGUAUGCCCUAAGUGAUCAUUUAAAUGAUGGAAGACAAAAUCUACUAGGAGCUAUAAUGAUUGCUGGUCAUUAUGUCAUUCCAGAGGUGACAUUAUUCUUCCAUGGAAAACUUUAUCGUGGAAAUCGUGCCUUGAAGGUAGAUGCACGUAGGUUUGGCGCCUUUGAUUCUCCAAACUGUCCCCCAUUGGCUACAGUAGAAGCAGGAAUUGAAGUUGAGUGGGAGGAGCUGUUUAAUGAAAACCAAGCAACUAAAUUCAAAGUCCAUACCAAGAUGAGUUCAAGAAUAGGAGUGUUAAGAAUCUUUCCUGGUAUAACACCUGAGGCAGUAAGUGCUUUAAAAUGUUUAUUUACACAGUUCAUUUUGUCAUGUGCAGUGCAUUUUAUGGUUCUCUAUCUGAAAGUACGACCAUGGAUUUCAAAUUUCGACAAGUAAUGUAAAACUUGCAAAAUAAGCUGUGCUACUUUGAAAUAAUUGCUCAAAAGGUCUCAUUUGAAUUGUCAUAUACUUGGGGUUCAUCAAUAGGGUUAAAAGGCAGUUAAUCAACUUGUACAGCAUAAUAAACAGCACCACACGAAAGUCCUGCUUGACAGCUUUCAUUUGAAUGGUUACA